AUGACAGACACGGAGGUCGUCGACGCUGACAAGAGGGACGCUAGCAACAACGACGACGAUGUCACGAUGGUACGUCGUCGUCGUAUCUCUCCAUACGAUCUUUCUCCCAGCGAUAACCCGGACAAAAAACGUGAAGAAGAGCGUGUUCAUCAAUUUUUGAUGGGCUUAGACGAAGGGGGGUAUGGUUCUAUUCGCUCACAGCUCCUGUCUCUUGAAUCCCUACCUACUGUGAGUCGGGUUUAUAAUAUCUUGGUCCAGGAAGAGACGGCUCGUGUCACAGUCCAUGGUACUAAAGGAGGCACCAGUGAUGCUGCGAUGUUUGCAACUAUCAAGGAGAUUACAUGCACCAACUGCAAGAAGCCUGGCCAUACUAUUGACACAUGCUUUAAGCUGAUUGGCUAUCCAGAAGGAUGGUUUGGUGGUCGAAACGGGGGACGUGGUGGCCGUGGCAGCAACCGCGGCGGUGGGAGAGCCGGCAGGAAUGACGGUCGCGGUAUACCCGGACAACAUCCCGGCGGACAGGUGACAGCACAUGCUGCAACCGCCGACGCGUCACUCACCGCUUUUCCGGACUUCGACAACCUUACUCCCGAGCAGUGGAAUACAGUUCGUCAUGCCUUGUCGUUGUCUCCAACAAGGUCAACUUUGAAUGAAUCGUUGUCAAGUAUUCCUUUACCUCGCUGGAUUAUUGAUACAUGGGCAUCAAAUCACAUGACAGAGAAUAUUAAUUUAUUGAGUAAUAUUCAGCAAACAGACCCUUGUACCAUUGGUUUGCCAGAUGGAAACCGGGUUAUAUCAGUGAAAUCAGGAACGGUCUGUUUGACGGACAAUUUGAUUUUGAUAAAUGUUUUAUUUGUUCCUGUUCUAAGUUGCAAUUUGAUAUCUGUUUCCCAAAUGACGAAGGACUCGAAAUGUGAAGCACGUUUUACAGACAAAUCUUGUGUAUUACAGGACCUAAAGACAGCGAUUGGUGUGGGUGAAUAUAGAGAAGGACUUUACUACUUCAACCAAGAUGGAAAACAAAAAGCGUUUAAUGCAGUUAAGGAGCAUAGUUUUGAUUUAUGGCAUAAACGUCUUGGACACCCCUCAUCUCGUGUUUUUUCUUUUGUCCCUUUAGCAGUCUCUAUUAAGAACAGUUGUUUAGCUAAUAAUUGUUGUGAGAUUUGUGUACGUGCUAAACAAUUACGUGCUAGCUUUCCUAUUAGCAUUCAGUAUUCUAGUGGCAUUUUUGACACGGUGCAUUGUGAUUUAUGGGGGCCGUAUAAAAUACCAAGUCUAAAUGGGUCUACAUUUUUUUUUUUGACAAUCGUCGAUGAUCAUUCUCGCGGAGUUUGGGUAUAUUUGUUGCAGUCAAAACGCGAUGUGGUCCCUAUUUUCCAACAAUUUUGUGCUAUGGUGACCCGUCAAUUUGAAAAAUAUGUCAAGUGUGUUCGGAGUGAUAAUGGGACAGAGUUUGAAGGGUUGAAAGAAUACUUCCGUACACAAGGCAUCAUAUAUGAAACAUCUUGUGUUUCCACGCCUCAACAAAAUGGAAGGGUUGAACGAAAACAUCGUCACAUCCUCAAUGUGGCGCGGGCACUCCGAUUUCAGGCUUCUCUACCUAUAAAGUUCUGGGGCGAGUGUGUUCAAACAGCGGCAUAUCUCAUCAACCGGACACCUUCUUCUUUGCUAGGGGGGUUGCUCCGUUUGAUAAAAUUUAUGGACGGGCUCCACCUUUAUCUCACAUUCGUGCUUUUGGUUGUAGAUGUUUUGUGCAUAAUCAGAAGCAAUAUGGAGACAAAUUUGCUGAACGGAGAAACAGAAGAAGACUCGGAGUCGCCACCGCCUAGCCAGGACAACCUUAUCCCCGAAGAGGAGGAGGAGUGCGUGGAUAGUGUUUGGCCUGUCGCCGGUGCCAGGACACCCGUCGAACCAGCCACCCAGACCAACGACUUGCCCAUGGGCGGUACUACUACCGGCAGAGACGAGGUGGCAGUCUCGGAGGUGGGCGGAACUGCUGCCGGCAGAGAUGGGAUGGCAACCCCGGAGGUUCCAGUCCCUGUUCUAGUUUAUCCGAUGCACAGGGUCGAGGACGGCGAACGCUUUUCCUUGACUCAUAAAUGUUAUCUUGCUUCUCUUGAUACCGAAGUAGAGCCCAUAAAUUUUCGUCAAGCAAUUCAGUGUGAACCAUGGAGGAAGGCUAUGCGUGCGAAAAUUGAUGCUUUGGAGAAGAACGACACAUGGACACUUGUACCUGCUCCCAGACACAAGAAGCCACUUGGGAGUAAGUGGGUUUACAAAAUAAAAAGAAAAUCUGAUGGGAGCAUUGAGCGCUACAAGGCACGACUGGUGAUAUUCGGCAAUCAUCAGGUUGAGGGUCUUGACUACAAUGAGACCUUUGCCCCGGUAGUAAAGUUAACGACUAUUCGCACUCUUUUUUGCUGUGGCUGCAACACGUUCAUGGGAGCUACAUCAAAUGGACGUACAUAA